AUGUCAUCAUCAUUAUCAGACGUAGAAGAACAAACAAAUUCAUCGAAUGCUUGUUUUCAUCUUAUUCCUUCGAAAGAUGAUGAUGAACAAUUACAAUGUGCUCUAUGGCGAUUUGCUGAAUUAUCAAAUGAACUUCUUAUGACCUAUUUAGCAAAUGUGUCGCAUGAAUCUGCACUUAUUCUUCGUUUAUCAAUUGCUUCUCUUGUUAUUAUAACUCGUUAUUCUCGUUCUCCUAUGGUUAUAGCACGUUUUCUAAUAACAAAUGCAAUUGGUAAAUCAAUUAUACUUGAACAUCAUAAUCAAAAUUAUAGUACACGUUUAACAAUUGGUUAUCUUGUUUUAAUAAAAAACCUUAUUCAAUUACUUGGUUAUUCAAAUUUAUUUGAUUUUGAUCAAUUAUUAAUUUCAAUUCAAAUUCGAUCUAUAGAAAAAACUCCUUUUAGUCAAGCAUUACAAACAGCUUAUUCAACAUAUCAACGUUAA